CCGGUAACUGGUGCCGGGGGAGGGGCGGCCGCGCCACAUCAUCUAACAGGUUGGUCAGGCUGGGAGGCGUCCCGCCCUCUCGGGGCUAAUGAGCACUGUACAACAGGUGUUUGCUCCUCAGUCCCCAGCCUGCCCUGCCUGCGACCAGAGCCAGCCGCCCGCCACCCUCCAAGGCUCCCUCCUCUCCGGGCGCCCGCUCUCCCACUCCCAGGCCCGGGGGCCCGCGAUGGCCUGCCGCUCCUGCGUCGUUGGCUUCAGCAGCCUCAGCAGCUGCGACAGGACUUCAGCAGGCAGCCCCUGGCCUGGGACCUCAGGAUGGGGCAGCUGCGGGCCCCCCGGGCUGAGCUUCACCUCCCGCAGCCUGACCAGCUGCCAGCCACCUGCCACCAUCCCCAAGGUGACAGUCAACUCCAGCCUGCUGGUUCCCCUGGACCUCAAGCUGGACCCAGCCAUCCAGCAGCAGAAGAACCAGGAGAAAGAGGAGAUGAAACUGCUCAAUGAUAGAUUUGCCUCCCUGAUCGGCAAGGUACAGGCCCUGGAGCAGCGCAAUCAGCUGCUAGAGACCCGAUGGCGCUUCCUAUACCAGAGCCAGGUGUGUGUGUGGGGGGGGGGGGGGGAGGGGACCGUCACACAGACCAGGACUACAUCCUUGGCAAAGAAGGACCACGAAUGGGACAAUGGAGCCCCAAGGCCCAAUCAGACCUCAAGCUCCCACCAUAGCCAGGUGAACUGCCUCUGUCUCUCCUUUCCUCACCCCAGGUAUGAGGAUGAGAUCUCCAAGCGCACAGACAUGGAGUUCACCUUCGUCCAACUGAAGAAGGACCUGGAUGCAGAGUGUCUACGGCGCACUGAGCUAGAGACCAAGCUGAAAGGCCUGCAGAGCUUCGUGGAGUUGAUGAAGACCAUCUAUGAGAAGGAGCUGACUGACCUAGAAGCCCAAGUGAAGGACUUGUCGGUGACUGUGGACAUGGACAGCCGCUGCCACAUUGACCUGAGCGGCAUCGUGGAGGAAGUGAAGGCCCAGUAUGAUGCCAUAGCAGCACGCAGUCUGGAGGAGGCUGAGGCGUACUCUCGGAGCCAGCUGGAGGAGCGGGCAGCCCGCUCAGCCGAAUACGGAAACACCCUCCAGAGCAGCCGCAGCGAGAUUGCCGACCUCAACGUGCGCAUUCAGAAGCUGCGGUCCCAGAUCCUCUCCAUCAAAAGCCAUUGCCUGAAGCUAGAGGAGAACAUCAAGGCGGCAGAGGAACAGGGAGAGCUGGCCUUCCGGGAUGCCAAGGCCAAGCUGGCCCAACUGGAGGAGGCCCUGCAGCAGGCCAAGAAGGACAUGGCGCAGCAGCUGCGCGAGUACCAGCAGCUGAUGAACACCAAGCUGGCCCUGGACAUCGAGAUCGCCACCUAUAGCAAGCUGGUGGAGGGUGAAGAGAGCCGGAUGGACCUGCCUACAACUGCUGUUGUCAGUGCUGUGCAGUCCAGAUCAAGAACAGCUGCCUCCAAGUCCAGCCUCUCGAGAGCUCCCUCACGGAAGAAGAAGAACAAAAAAGGGCCUGUGAUCCAAAUCACUGAGAUGUCAGAGAAGUUCCUCUUGCAGGAGUCAUCAGAGGCCUCGGAGUAAGGCUGCUCCUUCUGCUGCAACAGGAGGGACUUCAGCUAGACUCAAGGAAGCCAUCUGGAGCCUGGGAGAACAGGCAAGCCUGGUCCUGAGCAGAGAGCAGGAAAGUUCAAAGGAAUGGCUGCCUUUCUGUGGGCUGCUGAGAGUGGGAGAGGAGUGACCCCAGCUGUUCAGUCACUCCUUUUCCGUGUGAGAAUCCCACAGUCCUCCCAGUGCUGAUUUCAGGCCAGAGGUUCCCCUACUAGGACGAACUGGAAUUGGGGUCCACUUUGUCUCUUCUGCCUUGCUCUUCUGAGGUUCCUUCUUUCCCAGUUUUUGCCCAACCCUUGCCCUGCACUGACACCUCAAGCCUGGCCUCUGCCUUACAGUAGAGGCUGGUGCCCUUGCUUGUCUGCCCCAGUAGCUGGCCCAGGGAGAGGUGACACUCCAGCCAUACUUCCUGUAUCUGGAGCUCCUAGGGAGGCUGGAUACUCAAUGCCCCUGACCUAUCUGCACUAUCUGGGCUCCCAGAGACCUGACAGUAUUAGAUAGUGAAGAUAGGAGGCUCCUUGGGGGUGUGGGACUUGAUCCUAGACCUCUAAAGUCAGCCUGACAGCUGGGGGAAAAGUCACCCCCUUUUCUCCUCCUUUGGGGCACAGUCAAAAUGGGACAGGCUGCCCCAGAACCAUCUCCAGAAGCUAUUCUUGCCAUGAUAAACUCCCUGGGGCAGGUGCUGGAGAUAAGAUGGCAGCCUGAGAAUUAGAUCCUACUUCUUCCUCCCUGCCACCCCAGAGCUCACCAGGCUACCUGAGACCUGUGCACCCUGCCCCACCUGGGUAUAUUUCCUGGCCAGAAACCUGGUUUCUGCACCAGAGCAUGGAGUCCCCACCCCACACCUAUCAGGCCCCUUUCUCAGGAAGCCCACUCAAAGUCCCUGUCCUCUCCAUGAGCCAACGCCUCUGCUGUGUUCACUGAGGAGCCUAGGAACACCCCCCAUCUGUGAGGCUGGAUCUCUCCUCCAUGCCCACUCCCCAGCUUCCAGCUGGGCCAUGAAGAAGGCACAGUGCAGGCAGGUCUGGAGGCUUCUGAGCCCUUGAGCAUGGCUGGGGAGGCUCAGUGACAACCUAGAAAAGGCUCAACCAAAGAGAUUGUCCACAUCCAACAAGAAGAUUGCACGAUGGGAGGAGGGUUCCUCUUUACUCCUCCUGGUUCUCACCUUUGGGGCCAGCAGCUACACACAACACACACUUAUACACACCACACACACACUACCUUCUCUCCUUCCCCUCCUAUCUCCCACCUGCCACUUGUUGCCUCCAGCCCCCUCCCUCCCUUUGUUUUCUGUUUUUGUCUCAUCUCAUUUUCCUGACAUGGUGGUGCAAGGCCCUGACCCCCUCUGGGCCUACAGGGGCACUCAAGGGUUACUGACUCUGGGGCUGGAGUGAGCUCAGCCAUAUACUCAUCCCUGAAGUCCCAAAAGGGUGCUGAGUGCUGCUUUUUCUCCAGCUAUUUAUUGGUUUCCAAGGGAGCAAAUCCUCAGUGGGGAUACAUGAUAUAUAAAGUAUAUAUAGAUAUAUAUAUAGAUAUAUAUUAUUUUUUCAUAACUUAUGUGGCUUUUAACUUAUUGCUUCCCUUCCUGUUUCUGCAUAAUCAGUGCUAGAAAGUAUACUAUCUGGACAGAUAACACAUAUCCAGCCACCCCAUCCAACCAGCUGUCUCUCUGGGGUUGCUAUGCCCCCUCCUCCCCACCCAAGGGUAAAUAAAGUGCUGAGAUUGGUCCAUGGAAGAA